AUGGCUCAACCGAAUCAAGUGAACCUCGAAAUAGAGGAUGAAGCGGUAGCUGAAAGUAGUAACCGUAAUAAUCCAUUACACAGAAUGGACUCGGUUUCCAGGCCACUGGUUCCAAAUAGAAAUAACCUGGGGUUAGGAGAUCGACUUAACAGUGUGUUUAGAGAGAUCCGACCUUUGGUAGAACAUGCAAGAAUGGGCAAUAACUCUAGAUUGUCACUUCCUACGUGGCUACCGAGGAAUCCCCCGGGAACGCAUCAAGCUGGAGAAGGACUCCAAAGACCACAAAGUUCCAUAGCUCAUGUGAAUUUAGGGCCUGGAGCCCAGACUUAUGUAGUAACUGACCGAGGUACACCGGCCUUACAAAGAGGUAUAAGCCACGGUAUGAACAACAGUCCAUCAAAUGACUCUAAUAUCUCCGAGCAGGUUCCUGAACAAGUAGACAUUAACGUGUCUGUAAAUCCAUCGAAUAACAAUAAUAUUAAUGAUAACGCUGAUAAUGAUAGCCAAAGUGAAGAUGGUACACAACAGGUAGUGGAUGUAAGAGCAACUUUAAAUCUGUUGCUACGCUAUGCUCCUUUCUACUUUAUAUUAUUUAUAAAGUUUAUGUAUGAUAGCAGGGAGGGCUUGUUCACGUUUAUUGUGUUGUUUGUAACUUUUUCACACAGUAACAGUAUUGUUAGGAGAGAAAAUGGUAAACAAAUGAACCGGAGCAUAUUGGCAUUAUUCAGUGAAAUUAUCCUUACAAGCAGUUGCAUUUUCAUUGUUCAUUUUUUAUUUGGUCAUGGGAAACUUUUGCCCAACGUUAUAAUGUUCCCAGGCUAUACAGAUCCUAUAGAUAUAUGGGAGCUAUUGUGGCUGGUCGUGCUCACUGAUCUCAUAGUGAAAAUCGUAACUGUUAAUAUUAAAAUAGUCGUGACGAUGAUGCCAGCUUUUAUUCUACCAUUUCAGAAGAGGGGUAAAGUGUAUUUCUUUAUUGAGGCAAUAUCACAGCUGUAUCGCUCUUUAAUAACCAUACAACCAUGGGUGUUUUACUUGAUGCAAUCUUAUGAGGGAUCAGAGAAGAUGGUAGGGAUGUUCCUCACUUCAGUGUAUGGUAUUUCAAAGGUUGUUGAGAUUCUGGUUCGACUACAGCUGUUUAAAAAUGCCACAUGGACGCUAUUGCAAAGUGUUAACCUGGGCACGAAGCCCACCGGCGAGCAGCUGGUGUCCGCGGGCGAGGCGUGCCCCAUCUGCCACGACGACUACAGCACGCCGGUGCGGCUCGGCUGCAGCCACAUCUUCUGCGAGCUCUGCAUCGCGGCCUGGCUGGACCGCGAGCACACGUGCCCGCUGUGCCGCGCCAAGGUGGCCGACGAGCCCACCUGGCGGGACGGAUCCACCACCUACGACUUCCAGCUCUACUAAACAGCAUCCCCCACUCUUUGUCAUAUGUGGUCCAUAACUGCAGAUAUGAUAGCUUUAUGUGAGUUCCAGCUCUACUAGUCUUUGUAAUAUUUGUUCCAGAACUGCCAAUACUAUAGCUUUGUGCGUCUUCAAGCUCUACUGAACAGCAUACUCUUUGUCGCAUCUGGUCUGAGGCUGGGGAUAUGAUAGCUUUGUGACUUCCAGCUAUAUUAAAAAGCUUCCCCCACUCGUUGUCAUAUGCGGUCCAUCAUUGCAUAUAUCGUAGCUUUGGUCAGUUCUGCUGCAGACACGUUACAGCUCCACCACCCCCCAUAUCUUGGAUUGUGGCUUGUGCGUUUUUUUCCGACUCUGUUUGGCUUGAUUAAAAGCACUUACUGCUAGCUGUUUAUCGCAUCCAGCCAUGGUAUUUGACAGCACUAGAGGUGAUUUUCAAUGACAUAGGACAUGAAUAUAGUCAAUGUGCUGCGAUCAGGUCACAGACAAAUGCUGAUCAGCAAAGUAUAGUAUUGCUACCGGCAUAUAUAUAAGCUUUACCCUUCAGCUUCUACAUUUUAUCGAUAUUGUAGAUAUUUAAUGAGUACUAAAUAUGUUUACAUUGUAUUUUUGUUUAUUUUUGUACUUAACAAAACUAUUUCUUGAUUGCGAUCCCAGCUUGAUUCGCGUAGCAAUCCCCCUCUGCUGUUGAGUGUUCAAUAUGCGUGCCUAUCCGGGAUCUUCCCUUAAACGAACUACAGGAACUAGUUCCCCUCCCCUCCUACUCCUUAGUGAAAUAGUUCGUUCGAUUCAUUGAAAUAAAGUGACAACGCGUCCUCCCCUCCACCCCUUUCUCUCUGGCUUACUUUCACUGUUUUCUAACAAGUGUAUGAUGUGUACUGAUAUUAGUUUACUUCCAAUGUAUUUACUUAUGUGGCAGUUAUUGUACACCUUCGAUACCUUUUACUAGAACGGAGCCGAGAAACAGAGGGCGCUGUACAAAAGCUUGUCCACAGACUAAACGAUGGCGUUUAAGAGCGAAUAUUAAAAUUAUAACGAUCUAAGGGCCUGUUUCACUGUUAGUUGACAGUUUAUCAUGUAUAUAAAUUACAAAUAAACUUUAAAAUUAGGAGAUGAAAUAGUUUGUUAGAGCCCUUUUUCACAUCAAUUAAUAAAUUACGACUUGGAUUUGUAUCCAAGUACUUCUAUAAGUUUCACACAAAUUUGAUUUGGAUUUCAGUGGUGAAAAAGAAAAACAAACUUAUCUAUUGAAUAUCGCUAUACGUCAAAUAGCUUUAUCGACAACCGGUGAAACAGGCCUUUAAUGUACACUAAUAUGUAUAGUCUGUGGUUUAAGUGAAAAUUUUUGGCGCCAAAUAAACGUAAUAAAAAAAGACAUGUAAAAUCACUUUUUUAACUUUCGAUUUCGUCCAUCUUAAAUGCAUUUAUAAGUUAUUAUUUGUCUUUAAUGUAUUAAAUAAAAACAAAUGAGUAAACAUGGAAAUUUUAACAAUACAACUUUUCUAUGCACAAACUGAUAGAACGAACUAGUUCACAAAGGACCUAAGAACUAAAAAAAAAACCAUGAAGAUUUAUAUAGAUUGGUGACCAUGGUGUAGUAGCUCUGUUGUGCCAAAGCUAUUUAAUAAACCAUUUUCUGCGCACGACUUUAUAAUAUUCACGACUAUAAUUAUAUCCGUGCACUAGAAAUAAAUUUUAUCCCUUAUAACCCCCCCUAACAUUUCUUGUAUUAGUUUGUAAGCAAAUAGAUUAUAUUUUAUAAUACGUAACUCAGGUUCAAUGAAAUUAAAAGAUUUAUUUGAAGAACUCUCUCGGAAUACGUAAAUAGAUAAUAAUAUCUGAAAUUAUUAGUUAGAUCUAUAAUUAAUAAUUAAAUUUUUUCUAUAAUUCUAAAUUAUAUUUAUGUACCUACCUUUACCUACCUACUGUAUGAAACAAAAAUCUGGAAUAAAAAAAAGUUUAAUCUUCCAAGAUCGAGAAGAUCGGGCUCGAAAAAGAAAACUUGAAAAAGUCAAAUGACAAAGCUAUAAAUGUAUUUAGCUGUAGCUGGGUUCUUAUAUAUUAAGAAAAAAAAAUCUAUUUCCAGAAAUCGGUCGUGAACAAAACGAAUCGUUUUUUUUAAUAUAACAGCCGGUCUUAAAACCAACAUCAAUUUGUGUGCUAGCGAAUGUCCACAGAUUACCGCGGUCUGAAUUUGAUGUCGGUAUUUUAGUAAUUUAUAUAUUUAUAAUUAUAUAAAACGGGCCUAUUAUUAAUGUAAUUCCUUCACGCUCUCUUUAAGAAAGAAAAUGAAUCCUGCAAAUGAAAUUAUAUAUUAUUAUUGUCUUCAUAAAUGCAAUAAGUUAUUAUUUCUCAUUGAACAAAAUUUGUAUACACUUAUAGGUUUUUGUGUGUGUCUCAGAUAUGUUUAACGCAAGAAUAAAUAUACGUUCUAUUUUGUGUUAAAAUAUGUAUUUAUAAAGGUAUAUUAUUGUCAACAAUGAAAAAGGACAUGUUUAGUACCUUUUAUGAUAAUGAUAUCCACACGUAUUUUUUUUUGUCUUUGUUAAAGAACUUUCAUUUUUAUGCCUGGAAAUACAGGAGUAAAAUAGACACCGAAAGCCUGUUGACAACAUAAAAUUAAUUAUAAAAGAUGUACGUUCAUUGUACAUAUGUAAAUAAUAGUAGGAUAUAAUUGUUCCUUAGUGUAAGCAUGUAAUGGUAUAGAUUAAUGUUGAAUUUUGAUGUUACUUGUGCUAUUUGUAACGAAUAUUAUUAAAAAUUAUCUUAAAUAUUAUAACAGCAUAUUUUUCCAUUUA